AUGUCGACUACAUCAGAUUCGAGUCAUUUGAACGAUAAAAAUCAAUCAGGAAGCCCCCAAUCCAGCCCGCAUAAGGCCGGGGAUAUCCAGAGCACUGAAGUGGUGAAAGAUGGAACACAUCUCAAUCUUGUCGAGCCAGAAGAUGUGCCUGAGUACAGUACCUUCCUGUCCAUCUUCUUUGCCAACAAAAAGUCCGUCGACCUCGAUGCUAUUGCCACUACGAGGAGUGUGUUUGAUGAUCCAAACCUGGCCAAAUAUUACCAGCCACAUCCACAAUACGAGAAUUUACAUCGAUUUGACCCUUCCGAGAGGUGGACCUACCGCGAGGAGAGAUCAGUACGCCGGAAAACAGAUUUGAAGAUCUUUCUUUGGAUCCUCGUUAUGUUCUUUGCGCUCAAUAUUGAUCGGGGUAACCUGGGAAAUGCUUCUGCCGAUAAUCUGUUGCCGGACCUGCACAUCAACACCAAUGACUACAAUAACGCGCAGAACAUGUAUCGAAUCGGCUUUUUGAUUGCGGAGAUUCCAUCACAAAUGAUCGGCAAGAGAAUUGGCCCGGACCGAUGGAUCCCCAUUCAGAUUAUUCUAUGGAGUUUGGCAUCCGGUUGA